AUGGCCGGCUCUCAUUUUUUGCUUGGUGGGGCAAUGUUCACGGCUCUCUUGCUCUUAGGCUUAGCCAGCAGUCAGACGGGAUGGUAUGAUGCCCAUGCAACGUUUUACGGUGACAUGCAGGGCAACGAGACGAUGCAAGGUGCUUGUGGAUAUGGUGAUCUCUUCAAACAAGGAUACGGACUGGAGACCACGGCCCUGAGCACAGCGCUCUUCGACAAUGGCCUUAGCUGCGGAGCAUGCUUUGAGAUCAAGUGUGUGAACGACCCACAAUGGUGUAUACCCGACGCUGGCACCAUUACAGUAACUGCAACCAACUUCUGCCCUCCUAAUUACAGCAAGCCUACGGGAAACUGGUGCAACCCUCCUCUGCAACACUUCGACUUGUCCAUGCCCAUGUUCGUAAGGAUUGCCAAAUACAAGGCCGGGAUCAUUCCUGUGCAGUACUGUCGAGUUAGGUGCCAUAAGAGAGGAGGGAUCAAGUUUAAGAUCAAGGGGAAUCGGUAUUGGGUACUUGUGUUGGUGUUCAAUGUUGGGGGUGUGGGGGAUGUUUCCAAUGUCAAGAUUAAGGGCUCCAACACCCAGUGGCUUCAAAUGUCGCGCAACUGGGGACAGAAUUGGGAGGUCGGGGUGGUGCUGGUGGGGCAAAGCUUGUCGUUCCAAGUGACCACAAGGGAUCAGAAGAUGGUUCAGUCCGAUAAUGUUGCACCAGCUGAUUGGAAAUUUGGUCAGACAUUUGAAGGGAAAUCAAACUUUUAGCAGUCUUCUUACGUCUUUGGGUCAUCCCUUUCUUCGCUGCACCAU